AAAGGUAAUGAGAUGUACAGAAUGACAGCUUUUCGUAUACCGAUUUGAGAUUUGGAACAACAAAGAACUGCAAUAUCUGAUUUUGUGAAUUACAAAUCAUAAGUACUUCAUACAAGAAAGACAUGAAAUUUGAGUAGACACUUCAGCAUAAUUUUAUGGUUAAUAGUGUUUUGUAGAACAAGUCACAGCAGCAUGAAUUCAGCAUGAUAAGAUAAAACAGUGACAAGUUUCAUGGAUCCAGUCAUGGCAUUCAGUACUAUAUUUAAGAAGGCUACCAACUUGUUAGGUAUAGGUGGAAGUGAUUUAAAGCCUCCACCUCUUGAUGGAGAAAUCAUUUAUUGUAAGAAUAAUGUUUGUGUCCACCCACCAGCACCACUGACCAUGGACUCAGAACAUCAUCCUGGCUACCUUAACAUUAGAUCUCAGAUGGAUAAGUCAAAAGGACCAACACUUAUUUUAACCUGGAUCCCAAAUUCAAGUUUGAAGAAAAACCCAAGGAGUAUAGAAAACAGUCCAAACAAAACAGAUGAUACUGCAAUAAAGCCUAGCCCACGAAGACAACCACGACCUGAAUUUAGCAAGGUCACCACACCAUCACCAGUCAGUUCUCCUAGAGGAUCUUCAAUAUCUAGUGAUGUUUAUGAAUAUUAUUUAGACAGGGGACCAGUAAGGUCAAAGAAAAAACACAGUCUAGAUAAUUCUAGUGUUAAUUCUGAAGUAUCUGUUGGAUCUCGUGAUGAAUUUGCCAGCGGAGAAAGCUGGUCUCAAUUUGAUGAGAGUGGGAGAAAGUUAAGUUUGAGUAGUAAAUCACAAACCGAUUCAGGACUAGGGCCUGAUCAUGAAGAAAUUGUUCAAAAUAAUGAAAAAAAUUUCAAAGGUGAAUAUGUGCGAAUGAAUAAAAUUGGUGUAAAUGUAAACAAUUUACAAACCAGCAAGGGAAACAACUGCAGUUCUGUUAAAAAAACAGAAGUAGAGGAGAUGUCUUCUCCUGAUACAAGUGAUAGUUUGACGGCUGAAGAGCAGCUGGCAGCCAUGUUGAAUAGAAACAAACUUCAUGCAAAAGUGAAAGAAAACAAGAUACGACACAAAUCAGUCAGUAUUGAAAUGGAAGGAGACAAUAUAGUGAUUGUGACAGAAGAAUUAGAAAAAGACAUGAUAGUAGAUCAUGAUAAAUAUAGUGAAGAACAUAAUAUAAACAAGAACGAGAGUAAGUUUGACACAACUAGUAGUUCUAGUAUGUCACAAUCAACGGACGGGGAAGGAAUUAGUCUCAGUUCGGAUUCCACUCAUCCAAGCCCUUCAGGUGCUCACUACAAUCAAAUGUUAAAUGAACUCAAAGAAAACGUUCAUAAAAAUGUGACAGAAAAUGGUCAUUGUGAUCAUCUGACUGAAUCUAGUGACUUAAAAUCAAAUGAUGUCAAUUAUAUCAAUGAAAAAAUACCUCAUAAAAGAUCAAAAGUUCCAACGGACUUGAAUUAUAGAAGAAAAAGCGAUGAAGAUGCAAAAGAAACUUCAGGAACUACUCCUGAUAUUUCAGUGACAAGAUAUAGGACUAUGUCAGAAUCAUCAUCUUCAACAACUACAUCAGGACCAGACUCGAAACCACUGAGUUUAAGUUCAUCACCAGAGAACUAUCCAUCAUUAGAUCCCAACUUCAUUGAAUCUCCAUCAAGUUGUGAUUCUUCGGUAUACUCACAUAAUUUAUCAUUCCCAAAUAAUUCAGUAACUUACUCUCGGAGCAAGGGUCUACGUAAACAUGGCAAGGAUCAAGUCUGUGGUGUCUUUUCUGUAGAUCUUGGUCAGAUGCGAUCAUUACGAUUGUUUUACAGUGAUCCAGAAUGCACUAAAGGACAAGUAGUGAUAGCUAGUCGUGAGAGUCAGUAUAAAAUCUUACAUUUCCAUACAGGGGGACUAGAUAAACUGGCAGAAAUAUUCAAAGAUUGGAAUCUGUUUGCUCAGGAUCAAAGUAAAGAAUCGCGCCCAUACAAGCAGUUUUUGAUAGUACGACCCCAGCUAACAGAUGACCAGUGCCACCCUGAGGAAGGUGUAUAUAGUAUGGUGGACGAUGAGAUGUGGAAGAGACAUAUGAUUGUAGAUGGACAAAUAGAGGAUAAUUAUCAGUUAAGAAAGCACAUAUUCUUUGGAGGUUUAGAACCUAGUCUGAGACAUGAAGCUUGGCCUUUCCUUCUCCAUUACUAUCCUUACGACUCAACAUUUGAUGAACGAGAGCAAAUUAGAAAUGACAGAUACAUAGAAUACCAAAAUAUUAGAAAGCAAAGAGAAUCUAUGAAUGAUGAAGAACAAGAACAAUUUUGGAGAAGAAUUCAGUCAACUGUGGAGAAAGAUGUAAUCCGUACAGACAGAAGUCAUAGUUAUUUUAAAGGGGAAGAUAACCCGAACAUAGAAGUUCUACAGAGUAUUUUAUUGAACUAUGCAGUUGCAAAUCCUACACUUGGCUACACACAAGGAAUGUCUGACCUUUUGGCCCCAGUCUUGGCAGAAAUCCAGAAUGAGGCUGAUGCAUACUGGUGCUUUGUGGGAUUGAUGCAGAGGACAUUAUUUGUCAGUUCACCAAAAGACAAUGACAUGGAUAAACAAUUGAACUACCUGAAAGAAUUGUUACGGUUGAUGCAGUCUGAUUUUUACUACCACUUAAACCGACUUGGUGAAGAUGCCAUGGAACUUUUGUUUUGUCACAGGUGGAUUUUAUUAUGUUUCAAAAGAGAAUUCCCUGAAGUUGAUGCCUUGAGAAUUUGGGAGGCAUGUUGGUCACAUUAUCAGACCGAUUACUUCCAUUUGUUUAUCUGUGUUGCCAUAGUGAGUAUCUAUGGUGAUGAUGUCAUUGACCAAGGACUUCCAUCAGAUGAGAUACUUCUACAUUUCAGUAGUCUAGCGAUGCAUAUGAAUGGGGAUCUUGUGCUUAGAAAGGCAAGAGGAUUGCUACAUGACUUCCGUCAAAUACCAAAGAUACCUUGUACCCUACAUGGACUUUGUUCUCUAUGUGGACCAGGAAUGUGGGACAGUGGGCAUGUACCUAUUGUCGAAUGUGCUGGUAACCAUGUAGAUGACAUUUGCCCUUACCAUAGUAACCCAACAUCACCUACACAUGCUUUACACAGUAUGCCAGGACAGUGAUUGUCGACAGAAAAGCCUAUUUAUCAGCUGUCAAAGGCUAACAUUACUGGAACUUGACUUAUUUUACACGUAAAUUAAGUUUUGUUUUCAUCACUUCAAUGUUUUAAAUUAUGUUGCAAUAUUUGUUUUGUUUUAGGGUAUUUUUAGUGCAAUAUUAUUUUUAAUGCUUUGCCUUAUUAAUAUAUUUCAAUUAGCCCAUCAUUUUUCGUGAGGUCAGUCUGAAAGAAGAUUUAUAUUUUAAUGAGGUUAAACUUUUACAAGCUGUUUUGAUAUUAUGUUGUGAAUCAUUUAUUCGCUGUUAAAAUAGCACAUGUUAUGUUGCAAAGCGGUGACUAUAAAAAAAAUCAGGUUAAAACAAUUAGGUGGAUGUAGUUUUAAAAUCAUUUUUAGUGAAUUAUCUCCCUUAUUUUUAGUAGUAAAGACACAAUUUGAUUACUGUAAAUUCAGAAAUUAAUGCAUGUAUUUAUUAUUGCCACUCCUUGACCACCGGCACAAACGUGAAAACUAAUUAAUGUAAUUGCAAAAAAAUUUAUGAAGGAAAAUCACUACUGAUAUUUUGAUUCUUUGCAUUAAUAAAAACAUUGCAAUAAUUUCUGAAUUUACAGUAAUUGUACAUGUAUUAAUCCAUAUAUCAAAUUAUCAUUGGCAUUUUUAAUAAUAAAAAGUUAUUUGUAUUUCACCUGUUAGAUGAACAUUGUACAGACAUAUUUGUAAAAAAAAUGCACAACUUGGUGCUAUAAUUCAUUAUAUUACAUCUUUAUAAACAUGUUCAUUUCAUAGUGUUGUUGUUACACAUAUUAACUCAUUGAUCAUUGCUUAUCAAGAAUUCUAGUUAAAUGCUUAUUAUUUUUAUGUAUAUUGCCUUCUGCAAUGAUAUCAAUGAAUGUAUGAAUAUUUUAUCUUGUACAUUAGGGUAGGGUGGGGGUAUUAUAUGUAAAUGUGAUAUUAUAUUUUAAAGUGUUAGUCUUUGUAUGAAUCAGCCAAUGGUAAAAAUAUUUGGGGGGGGGGG